CCCGCGGCGCGGGCCCACUGACUGUGGAGCAGAUGAAGGGCUCCAAGUACAAGAUAGAAACGAUGGGCGUAGCGAGAAGGGCGUUCGUCAGUUUAAAAGCGGGCGGCGGAAAUGAGGCAUGGGAGGUCACGGAUGUGACCGAGACGACCGCGCACCUUACCGACGCGCGCGCUGCUACUAGGCAGCGCGUGGGCGCCCGCGUCAUGGAGCCGAAGACGGUCGACAUCAACGCCGAGCUGGAGAAGCCGUGCGGCGUGGACCUCAGCGGCUGGGGCGCCGAGGUCGCCAUCGGCAUGUGCAUGCGCGCGGCGCGGGUCGCGCAUGACAAGCACUGCGAGGUGCUCGCGGCCAUCGUGAUCUUGGAGCUCCCGACCGCGGUGCAUCUCACAGGCGACACCAAGUACAAGAAAGGCGAGCUCACGCUGGCGGCGUCCAGCACCAGGUUCGCCACGAAGGCCGCUGGCGCGACCUGGACUGACAAGCCGACAUCGGCGGUCGACCUGGGGACCGUCACGCUGCAGCGUGAUGGCAUGCCACCAUCGGCAUUCAACGUUGCCAUCUUGCCGCACUUCGCUGCGGGCGAGAAGGCGAAGAAGCCGCGGGUGGCGCCGCGCUGGCAGGUCCCCCGUUCCUCCGACGACGGCAACAUGAAGCGGGGCGCCGUCGAGGUGGUCUUUGACGGCGACCAGCUCAAGCUGCAUGUGCCGCCGCUGCAGAGGGGGCAGAAGCGCAAGGUGCAGUGA